AAGGCGAGGAAUGCACACCUACCCAGUGCAGUCCUCGAAAACAGAAUAUGGCACCUGAAGUUCCUUCCCUGUGUGAUGUAUUGGGUUGGUAACAGCGACUAUGGAUGGACCAUACCAGAGGCUGAGCUCGAGUCUGUGCUUGAGGCGAUAUUUUACGCAGUAUACCCACGUACUAAAGGACCAUGUGAUUUCAAUGUUGAGGAGUUGGCUUUUCAUCUGGUCUGCAUUCACCAAAGGGUCCACAAAUGGCAAGCUUCAUUUGGUUCAACAGCCGUCACUGUUUUGAUGGCUUUUUUCACGUCAAUGCCCGAGUAUGAGACCCAGGAAGCCCGUGAGGAAUACACCGAGUAUCAACUCCAGGAAUGCCAUUUCAUCUAUGAAGAUCCUGACAACAAAGAGCAACCCGGUGUCUUCUUGUCAGAAUAUAUACUACGCAUUUUUGCUGCACACCUCACCACAGUCACCAGGAAAGUAAGGGUGGAUUCAUUGGUUGAAUUUGGCAAGCCUGGGUAUCAGACCGCACUGGCGCUCACAGCUGUGGCAGUUGAGCGUGCUCUCGUCUUAGUCAAAGAUCGGUUGUUGAUUGAUAGCGACCCCGCUGACAAUGGUGGUAAAACUCACAAGAUCGUACAGACACUUAAUGAAGUGACUAAUAAGAUGAGCCAUACCGGGACAGCAUUUUCAUCUGGAAACUGGGAGACGGACACCAUGGCGUACAUGGACAGUAUCAAGGCUCUACCCUAUGAAUGCAUCCAAGAGAUUCUCGAGCAGUUGGAAAACUAUAUGAAG